AUUCAGAUCAUGCUCUGUUCUGGACCAUCUGGACCCGAUGGGUUGUACCACUGUUCCUACCGUGCUGGAAUGGAAACAUUUUUGUUUUGAUGAAAUGGCCAUGUUUUCCAUGGGCAGCAGAUAAGGAACUAGUUUAUUCAUUCAGAAUGGUGGCUACUGUGUGGCGUGAGGAAGGAAGACGAGUUCCAGGCCCCUCAGCUCGCUGACAUCACGUGGCUUUCUCCUUAAAGUGCCAUCAGCUGUGACACUGAGGUAGUUGCCCAGCUUGGAGUGGGCUGGACUGUAGCGCUUGUCUUGCUUGGUUCCAAUAUUAUCUGAAUAGGAAUCUCUUUGGAAGCUAAUGGGGGUGAGGUCAUUUUGAGGUGUGAGGCGAAUGUGGAGAACAUGGAUUUGAAUUCUGUUCCUUGGGUCUGUCAGUGCAUCAGUGCCGGAACCACCUGCCCCCCGUUAGUGCCUGCUGGACUCCGAGUGUGGAGGGAAGCUGCCUGGCUGUUUACCGCUGGGCCGUCCUAGGCUGGGCUGGCUGCAUUAGUGAGAUGCUGUGUUUUGUCGGGGGUCUGGUCCACUCCUGCUCUUGGGAACGGCUGGGCCUGUCCAUGUUGGGUUUAAAUGGGUGCAGUCUGCACAGAUCUCCCCAUCUUAGACAGUGCCACUCCCUGUACAAUCAGGAUGAAAACAUUUCCAAAAUGCAAGACUAAGAUAUCAGGAGGAGCUUUCAGGACCUUGGGCAAGAGUAUAACAAAGAGAAAACCAGAUAAUCCUGGUGGAUUUAGCCAUAGGACAGUUGCAUGAAAGAAGUGCUUGGUAAGGAGGAAGCUGGAAUUCUGAGGACUCACACAGAGAGGUGUUUUUUUUUUUUUUUUUCCACUCUUGCUUUAAAAAGGAAAAGGAAAGCCCUAGAAGCCCAGACUUGAUUGCCUGCCCCCCUGUUUCUCUGCUUGCCUCUAGCAGCCACUCCCAGAAUGGGCUCCUGUGUCUGCCUCGGGUAGCCAGUGGAGGGCUGAGGUCACGGCAGAGUGGGGUCCUAACAGGCAAGAGCCUGGCUUGGACUCCAGUUCAUCUGUUCCGAAUCCCGUCUCUCCUCAGUGCCCGGUGUUACCGCCAUCGUGGACCAUGCUGCCAUUUGAAAGAGGAAUCUCUUACUCCCUGGUUGGGCUCCCCACUCACAUUUUCAUCAUGGCCUGUGGGCAGAGAAGUAGGUUGCUCUGUGGGUUGACAUUUACGAAAACCUGCUUCACGGAGCUUUCCCUUUGAAUCUGUUGUUAUGGUACAAGAAGUCUUCGUUUGUCCGAGCGGUUCUGAAAUAAAAGGCAGGAAACCCCCCUCUCACUUCGAUAUCUUGCAUAGAAGUCAUCAAAACAGAAUCCUGUGUUCUGUGCAGGAGUUGUGAUUGAGGAAGCAGCUGUUCUGUUCACGAUGACCCAACCAAAGCCAGCCAUCUGUAGGCGUCAGGGAUCCAGAAUUGUCUGUUCCAUCUGCUGGGUUUACUUGCAUUUGUUUAAAGUAUUUGGCAUAGAAACUCCUUCCUUCCCGAACAUCACACCGUGGGAGAGGCUCAAGGAGAGCUUCCCUGGUGAGGGCAGGGCGGACCCCAGGCCCUCCUCUGCUCCCAGGAAUACUGCAGCUCACCCUAUAGAGUAAGUGCAUGCCAGGCAGAGAAAUGAAGCAGGUCACCCAUCUCUCCAAGUGUGUGCAUGGGAAGGCAGGCCUCCACUGUUUGGGAUUGGGAGUGUCACAGCACUGCUUUGAUGUGCUCAGGGUUUCAGACUGUCUGUGUUUUCUGGUGCUUUUUAGGCCUCCAGAAUGAGCCAGGAGAUGGACAGAUGGACAUGGGUGACUGUAGGGUGCUCAGGACAAGGAAAUCCACACGGCUCUUCAAACCAAGAUGAAAAUGCAGUUGUCCAGGGAGCUGACGACACGUGGCUGUUUCCUGGAAGAGCCCCACCCCGAGGGUGAGUGGCUGGGAAGGAGCUGCUUCUGCUGACGACGUCACCUGGAAGGCGCCCAGGAGGUCUACCCGAGUCUCCCGACCUGAAUAUGGCUCGUGCCCACCCUGAGCUGGCGCCCAGCGCCUGAGGUCCUUACCAUGGUGAUGAUCCUGAGUCAGAGCCUCGACAAGCAGGGAGCUGACCCCGUAGCAUGCAGGACCUUCAACCCUGAGCUGCACACGCCAAAGAAGAUGAGUCAAGGAGCGACACUUUUCUCUUGUGGAAUUAUGGAAAAUGACAGAUGGCGAGACCUGGACAGGAAGUGCCCUCUUCAGAUUGACCAGCCGAGCGCCAGCAUCUGGGAGUGCCUGCCUGAGAAGUGUCAGGACAGCGCUCUGUGGCACCGGGAGGCCGCCACCGCCUGCGCGGUCACCAACCUGAUCAAAGACCUCAGCCUCAGUGACCACAACGGAAACCCCUCCGCGCCCCCCAGCAAGCGCCAGUGCCGGUCACUGUCCUUCUCUGACGAGAUGUCCAGCUGCCGAACAUCAUGGAGGCCCUUGGGGUCCAAAGUCUGGACGCCUGUGGAAAAGAGGCGCUGUUACAGCGGGGGCAGCGUCCAGCGCUAUUCCAACGGCUUCAGCACCAUGCAGCGGAGCUCCAGCUUCAGCCUCCCUUCCCGGGCCAACGUGCUCUCCUCGCCCUGUGACCAGGCGGCCUUUCACCACCGAUUCGGUGGUCAGCCCUGCCAAGGGGUGCCCGGCUCGGCCAUCUGUGGGCAGGCGAGAGACAUCUGGGGCCCCGACCCGAGCCUGGUGGGUGGGGGCCGGCUUGACAUGCAACGGUCCCUCUCCUGCUCGCACGAGCAGUUCUCCUUCGCGGAGUACUGUCCACCCUCAGCCAACAGCACGCCUGCCUCAACGCCAGAGCUGGGGAGACGCUCUAGCGGGCUCUCCCGCAGCCGCUCCCAGCCGUGCGUCCUCAACCACAAGAAGGUCGGUGUGAAGCGGCGGCGCCCCGCAGAGGUGCAGGAGCCGAGGCCUUCCCUGGACCUUGCCAAGAUGGCACAGCUCACAGGAGACGGGGACAUCUGCUCAGCGUUGUGGCCAGCCCCCAAGGGCGGAGCACGUCAGUAUCUUGGCAUCACCUGUGAGCCACCUGCACACAUCGGGUUUAUCCUGGAUAACUGUCAGACCUUCAGCAGCCUCAGCUGCCUGAGCGCGGGGAUGGAAGACUGCGGCCCCCACAGCCCCUUCGCCCUCCACGCCAGCAGCACCAGGUCCUGGACCACCUUGCUCUCGGCCUCCGGCACAGGGGGCAGGACCCCCGCCGGGACCCCAGUCCCCGAGCCUCUGCCCCCGUCCUCGGACGACCACCUCGCCUGCCGGGAGGAGCUGUGCUGUGAGGAGUCAGGCGGCUGCACCCUGGAUGAGGGCUGCGGCAGGCGGGGGGAGCCGGCCACGGCCUGGCGGGACCGCGGGGCCGCCCGGAACAGCCCCUGCUCCCUGGACGGUGAGCUGGACAUUGAGCAGAUAGAGAACAACUGAGGGGCCGCGGGCCCUGGUCGGGGGCGGGUUGGGGGUGUGUGUUAGAAUCGGCAGGCCUCCCUCCGGGCACAUGGCGAGCCCUCGCAGGGGAGCCCCACUCCUGGGCCCGAUCAAAGCUUCCUGGAAGACACUGGGCCAGGGAGCGAGCCCAUGGCCUCCCGAAAACGCUGUCCUGCCCGCGGGGUCCUGGCCCAGUGCCAGCCCCCUGGCCAGGCCACGCAGUGGGGCGCCUCAGCCUCUCACCAGCACGGCAGCCACGGUCCACGGAACUGCUGUAGCCGAGAGAAGCUUCUUGGUUUCAGUCUCUUUCCCCCUUUUCUUGUGGGACCUGGGCACAAGCGUCCCAGCCGGCCCCGCUGGGCAGUCCCGUGCGCUUCUAGCAGGGCUGGCCGGCUCCGUGUGCUCACUCCCAGCUGGGGCUUCCUCCUGGGCUCAGGUCCAUCCAGUGGUGUCAAGGCCCUCCUUGGCCUCCUGCUCAGGUUCAGUGCUGGGGAGUUGGCCCCGCAGCUUCCUUCUUCCCUCAGUUGUAUUCCGUGCCUUCUCUCCCAGGUCUCCCUGCUUCAGGCUUGGGAAGGGUCGGGAGAGGCUUCCUUCCAUAGUAACAUCAGAACCAUUUGGCCUUAAUUCCAAGUGUGGAAGACCGAGGCCCUGGGGUGCCGGGGUGGCCUCCACAUCUGGACUCUCUGGCGAGGGUUCAGGGAACAACUUGGGGUGCUCGUUAGAGGCCGUCUAGUUGGGUACAAAUUUGGCGGAUCUGUUGGCUGAAAAGACAGACCCACCAGCCCCUCCUGUGGUGUGGACGCCUGGCCCCGGGGUGCUCUGCCUCUCUGGGGGCUUCUUUGGCAGGGUUGGCAGCUGGCAGCCAUAUUCCAUGACUAACCUGUCACCGAGCGGUGAGCUUGGUGGAUUCAGGUGAGUGGAGAGAUGUCCCCGUUAAAGGGUGAUCUCUUGAAAACAUCCUCAGGAAGCAGUUCUGUGCAGGUGCGCAAGCCCCGGCCCUGCGCAUGUUUCUGGGAGGGUGUCUGCUGGCCGCUCUGGGGGUCCCUGCAGGAUUCCAGGUAUGUUCUCAUUGGUGGGGAGUGGUCAGCUGGGGGAGCAGGGGCUUUUAAGGGCUCACACCCUGCCUGGCUCCUUGAACCCCAGCAGACCCCCCAGCAUCAACAAGCAGACUCAGCCCCAGAGAUUUCACUCCCAGACAGCUCCUCUCCACAUGGGCUCUGCUCUCUUGGAAUCCGGCUUUUAGCAACUUGACAUCUUCCGCGGACAAUAGCAAUUGGGUCGGCUUAUGAGCAAGUGGCCCCUUCUCCCAUGAGGCUAAAUACAACUGCACUCUCUUGAGUUGGCUGCCUCGUGACAAAGGUCCGGGUCAUUUUGCUCUUGCUCAUCUCCCAUUGGCCGCAAAUGCCUCACUGCUGCAGGUUGAGUGCACACGGGUCCCACUUUCCACUAAAGAGAGACCGUAUUUGGGAGACUUCACUUAAACUUUCACUUUUUUACAUCAAAAGUGUGGUGGCUCAAGUUCUGAUUUAUAGUUGGCUUUUCUUAAAAAUCAGCCAUUAGAUGCUUGCAGAAAACCCCAACACCACGGCCCCCCGAGAUUGUGGUGACAGCCUCAGGUUAUAGAGUGUAAUGGGUAUGGGGUGCUGGGCAGGUCCUACGAAAGGCAUGUCCCCUGGGGACCCUGGAGAGCCAAACCAGGGAGCUGGAGGCUCUGGGUGGAUAAAGACAUCUCACCCAAUCCCCACUGAUGGGUCAUGGAGACCGUGUCUUCUUAGAGCUGAUCUGGAGGAGGCUGGGGCAGCUAUUGGGUGGCAUCCAGCAGCGUAUGAAUUCAGAGAGCACAUGCUGGUACCUCACGGCUUCAGAAAGUGGUGUGGCCCACACCAAGAGUGGCCACGGAGGGACCACGCCCUGGAUAGCAUCCUUCCUGUGGAAGGAGAGGCAGGGUCCCAUCUCCCUCACCCAUGGAGAGGGACAGGGGCUGAGCCAGGAUGGACCUGGGCCAUGGCUCCCAGCAGCCUUUGCUCAGGGCCAGGAGGGGAAGCACAUGGUGGUGGGUGUGUGUCACAGGCCUGUGGUCCAGGUGAUGCCCUGGGGCCGUGCCAGGCACCUCCAACCAGGCUGGUCCUAUUGAUCCAGAAACCCAGCCCCAGGGUAAAAAGGAUCCCAGCCCAAGGCAGGGUGUGGCUCUUUCCAGCCUCCUCAGGCCUCUCUUGGCUAUUCCCGGCCCCACGGUCCCUUCUCAAAAGGAGUGGCCUUCAGGGGGCUUCAUGUCUGUCUUUUGAUUGAAGAGAGCAGACCCCAUCUAGUGCUGCACACGGCCUGAGGCCCAGCUAGGCUCUGCUCCCCUGGCACCAGGACCUCUGGUCUGGGAACUCUUGGAGGGCGGCCCUCUCUGAUCCUGUGGGGCUGUCCCAGGGGCAGCAGGCAGGCUGGUGGGCUCACCCUGAGCCUCACUUAAGCUGGAGCCCUGCCUCUUGCAGCUGAUGCCCAUGAACUCCUGCCUCUGAGAGGAGACUGAGGAAGUUCAGAGCCAGGAGGGAGGGCUGUGCCGGGCUGUCUGCCUGCCCAGGGGCCCUGAAGGACAAGAGCAGGGUUGUGGCUCCAGGAGAGCUGGGUGGGGAGGGGCUCCCUGUCACGCAGCAUCCCCGCUCACUCCAGAGGGAGCACCUGCUAAAGCCGCCCGCCUAACAGGCUGCUGCCAGUGGGGGCCGCACCGGGAUCAGGGCCGCAGCCUCGCUGUUUACAUUACCGCAAACCCUCUUGCCUUACUCGUGGUGGGGACCGGGCCCGGUGCGCGGCCUAUAGGCAGACACAACAUCCAGGCCACAGGACAGCUUUUCUGAUCAUAUGUACGGAUCUUCAUUCUCAGAAAGCCUUACUUUUCAACAAAAUUUUUGUAAUAGGAAAGUUUUGUGAAUUUGUACGCCGAAAGAAAAUUUAAAGGAGAAGUCCCCGUUAGAAAAACAAACCCAGUGUCUGGAUGGGUCUCCAGUGCAGGGGUGGUGUGGGCGUCUCCCCCUCCGGCGGGUGCUGCCUGAGCCCUCAGCACGCCGCACCCUGGGUGUCCUGCCCUGGGCCCAGCCGGCUGGCCUCCAGUCGUGUGCGUCCCAGCCUCGGGGCCGGUCACCUGAACGAUGACCGCUUCAGGCUCUACGGCCUGGGGCGCGAGCAGUACCCCUAGCGCUGGGGCGCAGCCCGGCCUGGCAGGGCCUCCGUGUCGACAGCGGUGCCACACCUUGCCACAGCCACACAGUUGGUGAGAUCCCUCCCACUGGCGCCAGAGAAAACCAUGCUUCUUUAAAAAAAAAAAAAAAGAAAAAGAUUUUAAAAAAACACAAAACUCAGACCGCAGCGGAGCUCUUGUAGCCUAGGUAGGAUAGUCUGCCCUCCUAGCGUAGUCUCUUUGGCAGAUAAAUCGUGUUUCAGUGUGGGGGGGGCGACGUCCUGGGGGCGCGGUGGCAGGGAGCUGGCUGCCCUGGGCCCUGUGUGCUUUCCCAGCUGUACCUGGUUGGCUUCGUGGAGCCUGAGGAAGGGUGGGGGCCAGGACUGGCAGCACUGGGCAGUCCCGCCCCCUCCACUGGCUCCGCCCCCUCCACCCGGCUCCGCCCACCUCCGCUCCCGCUCCGCCCACCGCAGCCUGUCCUCCGCGCAGGCCGUGACUGUCUUGCACUAGAGCCGCUCUAGUCUCUCAGGAAUUUGCUUGUUACUUUUACUGUGUAAAUAAAGCUUCCUGGUUCAGUACCCAA